AUGGACAUUAUGAACAAUGUAUCAAUUCAAGGAGAUCAACGAUAUAUCGACUAUAAAUUUGAUUUUUUCACAUUUCCAGUGCUUGUUGCAUGUGUUCCGAUGACAUACUUAGUACCAACUGCGUUUAUUAUUUUAAAAGUUUUCAAAUGUUACUAUAGGAAUUUGGUUGGAAAACAGGAAGCAACUAUGAAUCCACACGUAUUUUUUGUGAUUGUUAUGGCUCAGCUUACGAGCGUAUUUUACAUGAUAUCUGAUUAUAUCACUAUCCGUCUCCCAUUCACCGGAAUCAUGACAUCUUGGUGUGCAUCUCAACAACCAAAUCAUUUCCUAAAAGUCUUAUUUUUCUUUUCUAUAUAUUUCACUUAUGUUUCAUGGCUAUUUCCAUUCCUUUUAUCAACGUUACGAUUGAUUCCCGUUUAUUUCCCGCGCAGACAUAAUCAACUAUGCGCCCGGCUAUCUAAUUUUGCAAUUCCAUUCAUCUACCUCUACCCAUUCAUAUUUACAUUCUCCCUGAUACCGGCUCUAGGAUCAUGUCGACAACUUUUGGGCCCUUAUAAAUUUGGUUCUAUUUUUAUUUGGUUUACGGGGAACUGGUUUGAUAUAAAGUUGAUAAAUGGCUUAGUGCUCAAUUUGGCCAUUUGGCUUCUCCUAUGCAUUAUUUCAAAUUUAACACUUUUAAUAAAACUGAAGAAGUUAAAAAAUAAUCGAAAAAGUGCAAUUCUCCAACGAGCGGAAUUAUCUCUAUCGCUGACAACAUUAUCCAUGCUUUUAUCGUUUCUGACAAACCUGGCAUGUGCAUUAAUAUUCUUAAUAUUUCCAUCACUGACAGCAUAUUUCAUUGCUCUUCGGCCAUUUGGAAAUGAUUGUGAGAUUUGUGUUGGUCCGUGGAUCUUCUAUAUGACACAUCCUGCAUUUAAAAAACAGAAAAUUUUAUUUUGGAAAGAUGCAUCGAAAAUUGGAACUAUUCAUACAACUUAA